GAGAGCAUCAGCGUGAAGUACCAGGCGGAUGAGCCCCGAGGAGAGUUCUGUCCAUCCUUUCCAAUUCCUCCUGUUGGUGGGGAUCCCUGUGGCCAGUGCUUAUUUCCUGGUCCAAUGCCUUCGAUGGCAGUGUUCUCAGUGGCUGCUAGGGGCCUGCCGGAAGCCGGAUGUCCAAGAGGAACCUGUGUCCCCACCCACUCCAUUACCAGAAUACGAACUCCCAAGGCAGUGCCUGCCUCCCACACUACCUGACGUGGCUGCCUUCUACCAGGAACUCCACACACCCACCAAGGGCCAGACCAUCACCCGGCAGCUGAUGCAGAAGCUGCUGGUGUUUACUGCUCGAGAGGUGGAUCACCGUGGUGGGUGCCUGAUGUUGCAAGACACAGGCAUUUCCCUGUUCAUCCCUCCAGGUGCUGUGACAGUGGGUCGCCAGGAGAAGGUGUCUUUGGUUCUGGUGUGGGACCUGACAGAUGGCCCGUCAUUGUCUCAUAGACAGGGACUAGUGAGUCCUGUGGUGGCAUGUGGCCCUCAUGGGGCCUCUUUCCUGAAGCCUUGCACCCUCACAUUCAAGCACUGUGCUCAGCAGCCCAGUCAGGCCUGUGCCUACACCAGCAACACUUCCUUACUGGAUGCCAAGAACUGGAGGCCUCUGGCUCGGCCGGGGCCUCAUAUCUCCAGGGACGAAUGUCAAAUCCUGCUCUCUCACUUCAGUCUCUACACCUGUGUCCUGGAGGCACCCCGGGGCCAGACAGCCCGCAAAUGGCUGCAGCUGGCACUGUUCUGCUCCCCACUGGCACCAGGGCAGACCCACCUGCAGCUGCGUAUCUACUUCCUGAACAAUACUCCCUGCGCCCUGCAGUGGGCUAUCACCAACGAACAGCCCCAUGGAGGACGCCUGCGUGGGCCCUGUCAGCUCUUCGACUUCACUGGGGCCAGAGCGGACCAAUGCCUGAAGCUCAAGUACAUCUCUGAGGGUUGGGAAAAUGUGGAUGACAGCAGUAGCCAGCUGGUGCCCCAUCUUCACAUCUGGCAUGGAAAGUGUCCCUUCCGCUCUUUCUGCUUCCGGAGAAAGGCAGCCAAUGAGAAUGAAGAUUGCUCGGCAUUAACCAAUGAGAUCCUUGUCACCAUGCACACCUUCCAGGAUGGCUUGGAAACCAAAUACAUGGAAAUCCUCAGAUUCCAGGCAUCAGAGGAGGAGACCUGGGCAGUACCACCUCCAGUCUCCCAGCCACCCCUGUGCAAUAGGCUGCCCCCGGAGCUCUUUGAGCAGCUGCAGAUGUUGUUGGAACCCAACAGUGUCACUGGGAAUGACUGGCGCAGACUGGCUUCACACCUGGGGCUCUGCGGCAUGAAGAUCCGGUUCUUGUCCUGCCAGCGCAGCCCGGCCGCGGCCAUUCUGGAGUUGUUCGAGGAACAGAAUGGCAGCCUGCAGGAGCUACACUACCUCAUGACCUCCAUGGAGCGGCUGGACUGCGCUUCUGCCAUCCAGAACUACCUGAACCGGACCCCCAGGGAUAGCCCUGCCACAAUGCACGGAGGAGGCGCCUGGGAGAACCGUGGCCUAGAGCUGGAUGAGAAACUCUGAGCACGCCCCGCGGCCAUGCAGGGUACUUCAAGAGACCAUGCCAUGCCUAUGAGCUCAGGAUCA